AUGGCGCCAUCUAUUGAUGAAUUAUCAGUUAGCACUAUUAGAGGUUUGUCUGUUGAUGCUGUGAAUGCGGCACAAUCUGGUCAUCCCGGGGCUCCCUUAGGAUUGGCACCAGCAGCUCAUGCCGUAUGGAGAAAGAUGAGAUUCAACCCUUCAGAUCCAAAGUGGUUUAACAGAGAUAGAUUUGUCUUAUCCAAUGGUCAUGCAUGUGCCUUGUUGUAUUCAUUAUUGGUUUUAUACAAGUACGAGUUAACAGUAGAAGAUUUGAAGCAAUUUAGACAAUUGCACUCCAAGACUCCAGGUCACCCAGAAAGACUCGAUACUCCAGGCGUCGAAGUUACAACUGGUCCCUUGGGUCAGGGUAUUUCAAAUGCUGUUGGUAUGGCAAUUGCUCAAAAACAAUUUGCUGCUACGUAUAACAAGCCGGAUUUCCCAAUUUCCGACUCUAAGGUGUUUUGUUUCCUUGGUGACGGUUGUUUGAUGGAGGGUGUUUCUUCAGAAGCUUCGUCACUCGCUGGUCAUUUGCAAUUGGAUAACUUGAUUGCAUUUUGGGAUGAUAAUAGAAUUUCAAUUGAUGGUGAUACUGCUUGUGCAUUCACCGAAAAUGUUCCUGAGAGAUACAAGGCUUAUGGAUGGCACAUUUUAGAAGUUCAAGAUGCUAAUACCGAUAUUCAAGCUAUUUCCGAUGCUGUUGAUGAAGCUCUUAAGAUCAAGAACAAGCCAGUUUUGAUUAGAUUGGUAACUACAAUUGGUUACGGUUCAUUGGCUCAAGGUACUCAUGGUGUUCAUGGUGCUCCAUUGAAGGCAGACGAUUUAAAACAAUUGAAAAGAUCAUGGGGUUUUGAUGAAAAUUCAAACUUUUACAUCCCCAAUGAGGUUAGCGAUUACUUUGCUGAAAAAGUUGAGUCAAACAAAAAGGAACAGCAAGCUUGGGAAAAAUUAUUCUCAGAAUAUAAAGAAAAGUAUCCAAAGGAAGGUGCUGAAGUUCAAAGAAGAUUGGAAGGUAAAUUCCCAGAGGGAUGGAAAGACAAUAUUCCUAGUUUCACUGCCAAGGACAAAGCUAUCGCUACCAGAAAAUUAUCGGAAGGUGUUUUGGACUAUUUAUAUGGUGUUAUUCCAGAAUUGAUUGGAGGUUCUGCCGACUUGACUGGUUCCAACUUGACUAGACCAGAAGCAUCUACUGAUUUCCAACCUCCUUCAACAGGUUUGGGUAACUACAGUGGUAGAUACAUUAGAUAUGGUGUUAGAGAACACGGAAUGGGUGCUAUCAUGAACGGUAUCGAUACGUUUGGUGCCCACUACAGAACCUAUGGUGGUACCUUUUUGAACUUUGUUUCAUAUGCAGCCGGUGCUUUGAGAUUAUCAGCAUUGUCUCAUCAGGGUGUCAUUUGGGUUGCUACACAUGAUUCUAUUGGUUUAGGUGAAGAUGGUCCAACACAUCAACCUAUUGAAACUUUAGCUCACUUUAGAGCUAUUCCAAAUUUGUCAGUUUGGAGACCCGCUGAUGGUAACGAAGUUUCUGCUGCUUAUAUUGCCGCAAUCGAAGGUACUGACCAUCCAUCAGUUCUUGCGUUAACCAGACAAAACUUGCCACAAUUGGAACACUCCAGUAUUGAAAAUGCUUUGAAAGGUGGAUACUCUAUAUGGCCAGCUGAAAAACCUGAUCUUAUUAUUGUUUCAUCUGGUUCUGAAGUUUCAACCUCAAUUGAUGCAGCCAAAUUGUUAGCUGAAAAGAAGGUUUCUGUUGCAGUUGUUUCAAUUGUUGAUUUCUUCACAUUUGAUAAACAACCUUUGGAGUACAGAUUGAAGCUUUUACCAGAUGGUGUACCAAUUUUAUCUGUUGAAGUCUUGUCAACAUUUGGAUGGUCCAAAUACUCUCACGAACAAUUUGGAUUAAACAGAUUUGGUGCUUCCGGUAAAGCUGCUGAUUUAUUCAAAUUCUUUGAGUUUACACCCGAGGGAAUUGCAAAGAGAGCUGAAAAAACUAUUGAAUUUUACAAAGGCAAAAAGGUUCUUUCACCUUUACACUCUGCCUUUGAAGAGUUGAAAUAA